UUCAAGAUGUCGCUCAAACAGGCAGUUCACGAAAAGAUUAUGUCAGAUGUUGUCCAAGCAGUAAAAAAGAACGGAGAAUGGAAGGUAAUGAUAGUAGACCAGCUGAGUAUGAGGAUGAUAUCAGCAUGCUGUAAGAUGCACGAGAUCAUGUCAGAGGGAAUAACAUUGGUUGAAGAUAUCAACAAGAGAAGGGAAAGACUGCCUAAACUAGAUGCUGUUUAUUUGAUAACACCAACAGAAAAGUCUGUUAAUUUAUUGAAGCAAGAUUUUAGUCACCCCACCAACACCCAGUAUAGAUCAGCACAUGUCUAUUUUACAGAGGCAUGCCCAGAUGUUCUUUUUAAUGAACUGUGCAAGUCAACAGCUGCUAAAUACAUAAAAACUCUCAAGGAAAUCAACAUAGCUUUUCUCCCAUAUGAAUCACAGGUCUAUCACCUGGAUUCUGCGGAGACAUUCCAGUAUUAUUACAAUCCUUUGAGACAGUCUGGACGAACUAUGAACUUAGAACGCUGUGCUGAACAGAUUGCUACGCUGUGUGCGACUCUUGGAGAGUACCCCAGUGUCAGAUAUAGAAGUGACUUUGACAGGAAUGCAGAGUUUGCUCAGAUGGUUCAGCAGAAGCUGGAUGCAUACAGAGCUGAUGAUCACACUAUGGGAGAGGGACCACAAAAGGACCGAUCUCAGCUUCUAAUUAUAGACAGAGGAUUUGAUCCUAUCUCCCCUCUACUUCAUGAACUGACUUUUCAAGCCAUGGCUUAUGAUCUUUUACCAAUUAUUAACGAUGUUUAUAAGUAUGAUAAUACUAGUGGAGAAAUUCAUGAGAAAGAGGCUCUCCUUGAUGAAAAUGAUGAGUUAUGGGUCGGUUUGAGACAUCAGCACAUCGCAAUUGUAUCUCAGCAAGUCACAAAGCAAUUAAAACAGUUUGCACAAGACAAACGCAUGAAUGAUGGGGAGAAAGCUAACAUUCGUGAUCUGUCCCAGAUGUUGAAGAAGAUGCCGCAAUACCAGAAGGAACUCAGUAAAUACUCCACACAUCUCCACCUGGCAGAGGACUGCAUGAACAAGUACCAGAAACAUGUGGAUCGAUUGUGUAAAGUGGAACAGGACUUGGCCAUGGGAACAGAUCCCGAGGGAGAAAAGAUCAAAGAUCACAUGAGAAACAUUGUACCAAUACUUCUGGACCAGAACAUUAUGGCUUACGAUAAAGUCCGCAUCAUUCUACUCUAUGUCAUCCACAAAGGGGGAAUAACAGAGGAAAACCUGGCUAAGCUUGUGCAGCAUGCCCAAAUCCCAAUGGACGUGAAAUGUAUCAUAAAUAACAUGCAGAACCUUGGAGUCCCAAUCAUUCAGGAUAUAGUUGAAACAGAAAAGAAAGACAUAAAAAAUAAGUUGAAAAAGGCCCUGGUAUCGGGAGGGAAGAAGAAGUCACAGCCCUAUCAACCAUUUAACAGGAAAACCAAGAUUGCUGAGAACACAUACCAGAUGUCCCGCUGGACUCCCUAUGUCAAGGACAUCAUGGAGGAGGCUGUAGAUGAUAAGUUGGACUCCAGACAAUUUCCCUUCCUGUCAGGUGGGGCCCCAAGAUCUGCUGGGGGAUACAGAGGACCCCCAAUCAGUGCUCGAUAUGGACACUGGCAUAAAGACAAAAGCCAAGCAGGCUACAAAAGUGGACCACGGUUAAUUAUUUUCAUCAUUGGGGGUGUGGCAUACUCAGAGAUGAGGUGUGCGUACCAGGUGACACAGGCAUGCAAGAACUGGGAAAUCUUAAUUGGAUCCACCCACUUGCUGACCCCUGAGGGAUUCCUAGAGGACUUGAAAACCCUAUCCAACACUCCUGGAAACUGACCACCUCUUGUUUUCAAUCAGUGACAAAAGGAUUGGUAACCUGCACUGAACAAGCAUCUCAGUUCAAUUGUCAAUAAUGUUGCCAUUAUUUAUUCUUGCUUUGUGGAAAAAAAAACCCAGUGCGUCAUUCACAAGUAAACUUUAAAGUCUCUAUUAAAAAGUUAAAUGACAUUUAAAGAUUUCAUUUAUUAGAAGUAAUUAAACAAAGAUGGGCGUGUAUUAGAUUUGUAGUCUAUUGUAUUUAUUAGAUUUAAGCCCAAAGUCUGCAAUAUUUAUGCUGUACAAUGAUUAUCAUAAUGACUAUGAAUUUGUUUAGUGUAUGCAAUUAUAGGAAAACUUCUGUAGAACUUUCAGUGUUUUAAUCAUAGUAAGGUUUUUGGUUAAUUAAAACUAAAGCAUUACAAAAUAUUACAAUUGUUAGCAUUUUUUCACACUAAUUGUUUUGUUGCAUUAUGUAAUGUUAUACUUGUACAGUUUGUAUUGUAUAUAGAUGACAAUUUGUUAAAGCAUUAUUUCCAUGUAGUUUGUGCACUGUACUUCAUAAUAUUAGAGACUUGUCUGUGUAGAGUCUUAUGUGCAAUAUUGAUUUUUUCUUCAUUUUCUACACAGAUUUAUAAAGCACCAAAAAUACUCUGCAAAAUAAAGCAGCCAUGUUGUUUUACGUUCAUCUCUGUUUUUGCCUUUUAUAGACUUUUAUGUUGAUGGUAGAGUGAAGCUUUUAUUUAGUGAUAGAUGUGUGUAAGGGGAAUAAAAUACAAGCUGAUAUGGAAUAGAUGUGGGACAGAGUUCAAAUUUUGUCACAAGAAAUGUUCAGCUCUUUCAUUAGACUAUUUUUAUGCUAUCAUUUAAUUUCAAUAUUUUCAUUGUUGCUUUCAUGUGAUAUUUUGAGCAAACUUUAUGACAAUCUUUGUCACACAUGUUGUGAUUUUAUUGUCAGAGGCAUUCAUUGUAGCAGCUUCAGCAUACAUAUAGUAACAUAUUGGAGCAUUUAAAACCCAAUAAGAUAGUGUGUUCUGUUAAUAAAUAUACAGUAAAACUUGUUUGAAGCAAACCUGGAUAUUGUGAAUUACUUUUUUUUUUUUAAGAUUUGAUAAGGUAAAUUGAAUAUUUUGCUGUAGAAAUAUUUUUCUGGAUAGAAAAUACUUAACGUUUUUAAAACACUUGUAGAGUAGUUGAUGUACAAUAUAGUGCUCUCUAUUAUAAACUGAUUUAGGAAGAUAUUUCAAAGUUUCAGGAAGAAAAAAUUACUGUAUAUUUCACAAAAAAAAAAUCUUAAUAAUUUUAUAUUAAUUAUAUAAUCAAUAGAAAUGAUAUAUUUCAUUUGUUAUUCACUUCAAAUGUUUUGAAACUUAUGUGCAAUUCCAAAAAAAAACUUUGUUCAGCCUGAUUCAAUGUUCAUAAUAUAUGCUGUUGAAUGUCAAGAAAUACAUUUGUUUCAUGUGUAAUGUAUAUUUCACACAUUUCCUCUUAUGUACCAGGGGUUUGUCUCUAUAAAAAACAGAACCUUUGAGAAAUCCUCCUGAAGCAGAUAAUUUUUUUUACAUUCCUCUUCUGAAUGUACAAUGUUGUGGCAAAUGAAAUAAACAAUGAAUUAAAGAAUAAA